AUGAAUUUUGCUGAUUUUCUAGCGGCCCCCGAAAUUGUUCGUCGUCUUACUUCUCAAGAUGCAUUUGAGAACGAGAAUGUAACAUUUACGUGUACAGUACAAAAUGUAGACAAUGCUGAUAGAGAUGAACCAUAUUCAAUAGCAUGGUUUUUCAAUGAUAAACAGAUUCAAUCAAAUGAAAAAUAUUCUAUUGAUGAUAAUCGUAAAACAGGAAUUUGCUUACUAACUAUAAGAAAUAUCACAGCAGAAGAUGAAGGUGCAUAUCGAUGUGUAGCAACAAAUAAAUUUGGUUCAUCAGUUACUACUGGAUUUCUUGCUGUUUUAAGAAGAAAACGAUCUCAUUCACCAUCACCUAGUCGUAGUACUACUAGUCCUAGUCGAGCAUUAAGUCCAUCAAGUAGUCGUGUGUCAGAUCGAAGUGUUUCACCACUGCGAUAUAUUAAUUUACCCGUAUCAAAAUUGGCUAGAGUAACGGAAGAACUUGAAAGUCUUAUUAAUCCAAUAGCGUCGAUUGUUCAUGAAGAGGAAGAAGAAGAAGCAGAAGAAGAAGAAGAAAAAUCAAUUAAAAAACCAGAAGAAAUACCAUCAUCUAUUGAACAAGUGGAACCAACUAUAACAAAUGUGGUCGAGCCUGAAGAAAGUAUUAUUCUUCCUCAAGUCUCAAUACCAACGACGACAACAACAGCACCAAUAGAAGAGAAUAAAUCGGAUGUACUUCAAAUUGAAAAACAAGAAGAACCAACUAUUGUUACUAAAUUACCAUCCAUCAUACGAAUAAAUGAAGGUGAAGAUCUUGAUAUUAGUUGCUCAAUCACAGGCAACCCUGAACCGGUGAUACAUUGGACUAAAGAUAAUGUUGAUAUUCGUGAAGAUCAUCGUAUUGAUAUAUAUUCCGAUCGUGGUGUACAUCAUUUAGAAAUUAGUGAAAUUUUAAUGUCUGAUCAAGGUCUUUAUACAAUCCAUGCAGAAAAUUCAUUCGGCAAAAUAAGUGCAGAAUGUCAAAUUCAAGUCAUUGAAAAUACUGAUAAAAUAAAACGAUUAAAAGCUGAAGGUCUAGUUGCUUAUGGUGCACGUCAAACAACAUAUAAAGCACCAGAAUUUCUUAUAAAACCAUCAAAUCGUACAGUUCAUGAAGGUGAACAAUUUCAAAUAUUUGCUAAAGUAAUCGGUAAUCCUGGUCCACAAGUUGUCUGGAUUCGUUUGGGUAAACCAUUAGAAGAUGAUGGUUAUCAUCACAUAUAUGAUCGUGGUGGUGAAAAUUAUUUUGAAAUACCAAAAAUAUCUAUUUUGGAUGCUGGAGAAUAUUCAUGUAUCGCCACAAAUAUGAUGGGAGCUGUUUAUAGUACAUUUAUUGUAUGUGUUGAAGCAAUGACUGAACCAGAAUCAACUAGUUCAGAAAUGGAAGAACGUUCGACUAAUGUAUCUGAUAUUGAUGCAAAUGCUAUGGAAGAUUAUCCUCAAUCAAUUGCUAUACAACUUAUUGAUAAACAUGUUCGACAACAUCGUCAAUCAAAAUUAUCAGAUCAAUCUGAUAUAGAAUAUUUCUUAUCAAAUUUUAUUUUAAAAGAAGACUUUCGUGAUGAAGCUCGAGAUGCAUCUAUGAAUAAAGGUGAUAUUGUUGAAAUAAUUGAUAUUGAUAAAAGAGAUAAAUGGCUCGUUAGAAACAAGAAAAAUUUAAAUCAGAUUUGUUAUGUACCUCCUGAUUAUCUCGAAAUGAUUCCAGAUACAGAUACUAGUCCAACCAGCUACGAUUUAACUAAUGUUGAUAGCAAUCAACAACUUGUUUCAAGCAAGCGAACAUUUACGAAAAAGUCCGGUGCAGUGACUAGCAGUAUCGACAAACGAUAUAAUCCAAUAAGUCAAGAAGAACAAGAUUCAUCAUCAAGUAGUGAUGAUUUAAAAACAAUGACUGAGGAAGCCGAAGUAUAUUAUGCUAAUUCUGAUUAUGUCCCAACACGUCCUGAUGGGAUUGCACUUGCUGAGAAUCAACUUGUCGAUGUGCUCGAUUCACAUGAUCCCGUACAAUAUCUUGUUCGCACUCGACCACGUAAAGAUGAACGACAAAAAAUUGGUUGGGUUGAUGCAUGUUUUCUUGAGAAGAAAUCAACCAAUAUAGGACAGAAUUUUUUGGCUGAAACAUAUAUACACGUUCGAUUAUCGCCAUCAUCAUUGUGA